AUGGAAGGCGAAGAAGACGAUUAUCCCGGGCCUGAAUCCUUCGCCGAGGGAAUCAACCUGAACGGGAGAAAUGUCGGGGCUAUGAUGCUGGCGCCUAGGGAUGUAGACGUAGCAAGUCAGAGUGGUUGCAGGAUCAACAUAUACGUGAACAGCAAUGUUCAAGCUACUUGUGGGUCGGCUCUUAUUGGUAGCAAGGUUAAGCUAAGAGAUCCUGGUGUUCAUCUCCACAUCGAAGACGUUAAAAUGCCCCGCGAAGAAGACGGAUCUAGACAGAAAGAGAUGAGGUUGAUUAAGGUUGGGUUAUGUUUGGUCUGUCUCUUUAACGUCUCUUUAGGACUCCUCUUGCUCUCCUCUUGGCUCCGGAAGGAAACGGAGUCCAUAUAG